AUGCCGAAGCCUCCGCGAAUCGAGCUGAAGAAGGAAAACCUUGAAGCCCUAGGCUCGGCGCCUGAGCUCCAAGAUCGCCGAGCAGCCCCUUCAGAGCACAGUGUUAUGACAUUGGGGACAACGAUGUCAGAGAUCGUCAACCAAUUUGGGCUUGCACCCGGCGCCCCAGACGUAGAGGCGGAGUGGCUCGCGCGGGGUGACGAGGAGUUGAAGGUGUUAGAGGCUAGGGAAUGCGCGACCUUGAUUGCCGACCGCGUGUCUCGAGCGCACCCUGCCUGCUUGUGCACGCCAACGAUGUGCUGCUGGCCAGUAUGCGACAUCUGCAAGGGCUGCCGGAGCAGGCCUUCCGCACUUCCAUCGAGUCCAUCGGCUUGCUCGAGGCUACGCCGAUCCCUGAAGACCUCCAGGCCCCGGCAAAAGCCGCGUGUGGAGGAGCAGGAGCCAGCCGCAGUGGCUGGAGAGGAGGGUUCAGGCGAGCCGCCAGCUGAGAACCCGAGCAGACUUGAGGGGGCCGGCUGCACCACAAAUUCGCUACUUCGCUAA